AAGUUUUGUCCAUACAGAUGUGCAUUAUAUACUGGCAUGUCAGACUAUUGUUUUCACACAAAAGGAUGUCUGUAAAUUGUCCAUUUAUCACUCAGAGGCCGAACAGCAUGUUUUUAAAAGACACUAUUGUCUGCUCUGCUGUAUUGUACCUUCAAAAAAUGCAAAUUGUUUUCAUUUCCCUAUGGAAAAAUCCAUUCUAAAGUCUUCUAGGGGAUCCAGUCACAUGGAAACGUGACAAAUGCCCCUCAGCACUCUAUAGGCCUCUAUACCAUGUUGCUGGGUCAGGGCUUUACACAAUGGGAGCUGCAGAUUCUUUGGAUUCGGUCAGGUAUAAAAGUUACAGUUAGAACAGGACCACCAUCAGUGCAGCAGCAAAGCAGUUCUCUGAAGAACUAACACAGCAACCAUGACCAUGGGCAGGAUCAUCUUCUACGAGGACAGGAACUUCCAGGGACGUUCCUAUGAAACCACCAGCGACUGCUCUGACAUGUCCUCCGUCCUGAGCAGGUGUCACUCUGCCAGGGUGGAGAGCGGCUGCUUCAUGGUCUACGACCGCCCCAACUUCAUGGGAAACCAGUUUCUGAUGAGGAGGGGCGAGUACGCCGACUACAUGAGCAUGAUGGGCAUGAGGGAGUGCAUCAGGUCCUGCCGUAUGAUCCCCAUGCACAGAGGUCAGUUCAGGAUGAGGAUCUAUGAGAGGGAGAACUUCGCCGGUCAGAUGUCUGAGCUGAUGGACGACUGCGACAACAUCCAGGACCGUUACCGCAUGUCUGACUGCAUGUCUGCCAACGUGAUGGACGGCCACUGGCUGAUGUACGAGCAGCCCCACUUCAGAGGCAGGAUGAUGUACCUGAGGCCUGGAGAGUACAGGAGCUUCAGGGAGAUGGGAAUGAGCGGCAUGAGGUUCAUGAGCAUGAGGCGCAUCAUGGACAUGUAAAGAAGCACUGUAGAACGUAAAUAAAUCUUUUUGAAAAAAUA